UACUGCACCAUGGCUAUGUUAAUGUUUGUCUAUAUGUAUCUAUCGUGUCCACUGGCUCUGGAGUAGUCAUUGUCGCCAGUUUGUGGUGCGUCUGCCCGCCGUCCUGAGUGCUGUCUGCAGCGUCUAGAUGUCUUGGCCGAGAUGAGUGUGAAGGCCUUUGAGCUAGUCCCCGCUGUGGAGCGAGACCUCCUCAUGGGCGACAAGGCUCGCAUCAACAUCGAGUGUAUAGAGUGCUGUGGGAAACACUUGUACGUCGGCACCAACGACUGCUUCAUCCACCACUUCCUGCUGGACGAGGUCACAUCCCCCAAAGGGAAACCCAGUUACUCAUCUCAGAAGCUGCUUCACAAAUAUCUGGGCCUCAAGAAACCAGUUGCUGAGCUGCGAGCCGCCUCCGCUUUGGAGCGUCUGAUAGUGCUUUGUGAUGGGAUAGUGUUUCUUGUCGACAUGGUGACUCUGGAGACUGUGCCCUCAGCGGCAGGAGGUGGAGCCAAGAUCAGAGGUGUGACGGCGUUCUGCAUUAAUGAGAACCCAGUGAGUGGCGACCCGUUCUGUGUGGAAAUGGGUGUCCUCUCCUCGAAGCGGCGGACGGUGCAGAUAUACAUGGUGUAUGAGGACAGAGUGCAGCUGGUCAAAGAGGUGACCACGCCUGAACAGCCCUGCGCCGUCAGUCUUGACGGUUACUUCCUGUGCCUCGCCCUCGCUACACAGUACAUGAUCCUAAACUACAACACGGGAGCCUCCCAAGACCUCUUCCCCUACAACAGUGAGGAGCGGAGACCCAUUGUGAAAAGGAUCGACAGGGAGGAGUUCCUCUUGGCGGCACCUGGUGGUCUCGGAAUGUUUGCCAAUGCAGAAGGUGUAUCCCAGCGGGCUCCAGUUAACUGGUCGGAGAGUGUGAUCGGUGCCACUGUGUGCUUUCCCUAUGUGGUGGCUUUGGAUGAAAGUUUCAUCACCAUCCACAGCAUGCUGGAUCAACAGCUGAAACAGACCCUUUCAUUCAGGGAUGGACACAUUCUGGAGGUCUUUGAAGGGAAGGUCAUUCUGGCUUCCACUAAAGCUGUGUAUGUUCUGGUACCCUUGCCGCUGGAGAGACAGAUUCAGGACUUACUGGCCAGUCACAGAGUGGAGGAGGCACUCGUCCUCACAGAGGGAGCGCAGAGAAAUAUUCCCAAAGACAAGUUUCAGAUUUUGCACAAAAGAAUCCUCCAGCAGGCGGGUUUCAUACAGUUUGGCCAACUUCAAUUUCUAGAAGCAAAAGAACACUUCAGGAAGGGUCAGCUGGAUGUUCGGGAGCUGAUAUCUCUCUACCCACUACUGAUGCCAGCUUCCUCUUCAUUUACGCGCUGCCACCCUCCUCUCCACGAGUUUGCUGAUCUCAACCACCUGGCACAGGGUGACCAGGAAAAAGUGCUGCGGUGCAAGAAAUUUCUCAUCACUUAUUUGGGAGAGGUACGAAGCACAGAGGUAGCCAACGGAUGCAGAGAGGACGUGGACACGGCUCUGUUGAAACUAUACGCUGAACAGAAUCACGACAGCCUUCUAGACCUGUUAGCUUCAGAAAAUGCCUGUGUGCUAACAGACAGCGUCCCGUGGCUGGAGAAAUAUCACAAAUAUUUUGCACUUGGGCUGCUCUACCAUUAUAAUGGUCAGGAUUCAGCAGCGCUUCAGUUGUGGAUUCGUGUGGCUGAUGGGGAUCUGGAGGACCACACAAGAUCUGACCUUUAUGAGUACAUUGUGGACUUCCUCUGCUCCUGCUCCAAUCUGGAUCUGGUGUGGAAGUAUGCAGACUGGGCCUUACGGAAGGAUCCCACCAUAGGUGUCCACAUCUUCACUAAGAGGCCUGGCAGUAAAGAUCAGUCAGAUCUAAACCCUGAUGAUGUCGUUACUUACCUGGGAAAGCACAGCCGGGCGCUUCUUCUCUACCUGGAACACCUGGUGCUGGAGAGACGAACACAGAAGGAGCGAUUCCACACUCACCUGGCUGUGUUGUACCUGGAGAGGGUCUUGCCAUUGCUGUCAGAGUCAUCAAAAAACAAACAGGAGCUGACCAGAGCGAGAGAGAGGCUCCAAGCUCUGCUCAGGGAGUCGAACCUCUACCGUGUACAGUUUCUUUUAGGUAAGAUAGAAAACAAUGAUCACCUGCUGCUAGAGCGUGCAACACUACAUGGAAAACUGGAGGAGCAUGAUAAAGCUUUGCACAUAUUGGUGCACGAGCUCAGAGACUUCCCGUCCGCUGAGGCCUUUGUUAUAUGGGCCUCUUCCUGUCAGGAUUCUGCUUACCGACAGCGGCUGUUUCACCUUCUCUUGGGAGUUUAUCUCGACAGAACCCUUACUGGAAAAUCAGCAGCAGGCGUCAGCAGUGGAGACCUGGAGAUGGCGGCAGUGGACCUCCUAAAUCGGCACGGGGAGGUGUUUGACGCAGUCCACGUGCUGCGCAUGCUCCCCGAAGGCUGGUCGCUACAGCUGCUGCGGCCCUUCCUGGGUCGAGCCGUCAGGGCCAGUAUGCACGCCUGCCGCACCUCGCAGAUCGCGCUGGGGCUGGCCCACUCUGAAAACCUCCAACUGCUGCAUGACCGGUUGAAAGAGCGGAAGAAACCAAUCCUUGUAUCCGAGAAGAAAGGAUGCCACCUGUGCCACAACACCUUCAGCGAGCCUGAUGUGGUGUGCCUGCCAGGUGGAGUGCCUGUCCAUACUCACUGUGUCGCCCAGAGAGUCAGGGACCCUCCCACAAAGAGACAGUUAACUAAUAGCAGUAACCAUACGUGAGACUUGACCCCCUUCAAACUACAAUUUGAUCUGUGACCGGGAGGCACCGAAAUAAAGCAGGACUGUGUUGAGGACUGUGGGGAUGAUGAGAAAAAAGCACAGAACACCCGUUUGCCCGAGUAGAGCUGGCUGUGGAGUUGAUGAGAAACACAAAGAAAGCUGUAUACGUUUGAAAGAGAGGAAUUGAGUUUGACACAGAGUGCGAGGGAGGGAGAAAGAUAUUUAUUCCUGUGCUGAAAUUAAACUACACUUUCAGACUGUAAGUUUUUAUCGCUACAACAGCUAAGUGUGAACGCACCCUUUAAUCCAUUUCAACGACGAAUGAAUUGAAGACUCCUCUGCUUCUCUGUGGGUUCAGUACUCUAUCUGUCCUUGUAUUGUUUUGACUACAGGACACCAUAUCUGAAUCCUGCUACAAAUAUUUCUUGAGCAUGAACAGUGUUACCACUCCUACGGUUCUGAUCUACUGUAU